UCUCCUACCUCGACGACAUCGAGAACCCCGUUUGUUCCUUCCUGCAGUUUGCAAACAAAGCUUCCACGCUGUUUCCCUUUUUCUGUCGCGUGCUGGAUACAUAGCCAAACACUCUUUCAAACAUUCAGUCUUUACCCAUUGGCCGUGCCAACUCCCUUUCGAAACAUAACCAACCAGCCUUCAACCUCUUCAAAUACCACUCGAGUCCAGGUCUGAGACUUGGCAAGUAAGAAGGAGCGUUUGCUUGGACGUUUCGUCUCGGCUUCAGACAAACCGUCGUGUCUCUCUGUCGGAAAACCGUUUGGUGCUUUCCUGUCCGAUGACAUAGCAACACUUUAUCCCCUCACAACGACAUACAAAGCAGAAACAUCUCGCCUCUCACCGCUCAGUCGAGUACUACCCUUCUCUAACAUGGACACUAUGGAAAACGCGUCGCACUCGCGUGCCAACUCUGCGGAUCACCACGCUUAUGCACUUAUCCUGGAGCACAUCCUCAAUAACCCAGCCUCGUACGAGCUGCCUCUGCGCACUAUGUACACCAUCAACUCCACACCCGCAACACGUGCUGGACACUCAUUUUCCCACUCUCGCACACGCGAGAACUCAAUCGACUCGCGUGCCAGCGAUUCGCCAACGUCGCCAAACUUCCCUUUCCGCAAUGACACGGCUGCCGAAUCUCUCACCACCAACCUCAUGGCACAAAUGGCCAACCUUCCAUCGCAACCAACUUCACUACCGCCGUCUUUCAUCACCGCCUUUCUGCGCAAGGCCUUCUCCGCCGACCUCCGCUUUGUCGACUUCCCUCAAGCAUUGACCGGCCUCGACUACCUCAAGGACCUUGAGACCAGAAGACGCAGGGAAGUCGCUGCCGCACUCGAGUGUCUGGGCAUCAACCGCGAUACUAUCGGUGCUGCGGAGGAGGAGCUUUCCAGACGCUUCCCUGGCGUGCUUUCAUGGUUCCGUACACUCGAAGAGAAGGAGCGUAAGAUUGAGGCCCUCUACACACAACUCUACGUCGCCCUUCGCCGAUGGGUGCUCAUCAACGAGCUCUCAUUGACUCCUUUCAACAAGCACAACUGUGUCGCCAUGCUCAACACCCUCUACCCUCCCAUCGUCUCCACCCAGCCUACCUCCAAGCUCACCCCUGGCAUCCUGAAGAAGCAACGCGACACUUUCUUCAAGUAUAUCCAAGCUGUCGAGAAGAGUGGUCCCUCGGUUCUGGUCAACCUCAUUCAACAAGGCAAGAGGCCUACUGACGAGAACGGUUGGGCCUCAACUCGCAACACCCUCGACAUGUAUUUGCAGGUCGCCAACAGCCUGAUCUCCGAAUGCCAGGAGAUUCUUUAUACUGACGCAAACACCGUCCCCGACUCGGCCGAAACCAAGCGUAAGGGUCGUAAGGUCGACUCUGGCAUCAGCUUCCCCGAAGCCGAACAACGCCGCCCUUCUUCUAGCAGCAGCAAGAGCAGCAAAAGCUCCUUCUCGGAAGAUGUGCCUGCCAGUGAGAUGCGCCGCAAGUCAUCCUCUGGUAUCCUUAGAUCAUCAGGCCUGAUGAAGUUCGCUCGUGAGAUGAAGCUAGGAUUCCCUAGGACCGAUGUCGACGAGAUGAUCAAGCCAUCCAACCCUACCCCCACUCCUUCCUUCCCCGAUGUCGAGGCACCUGCACCCGACAGAUCCUCCAAGAGCCUGCGCAAGAUUCGCAGCUUCAGCAACCUCGGCGGCCUGCGUUCUGCCAACUCAAGUUCAACCUCCUUGGCCAGCAGUGGUCACCGCAGCGAUGUCCCUCACUUCGACGCCGAUGAGAUGAAGAGACAACGUCUCAUCUACGAGGCCAAUGCCGCCAAGCAACAAAAACCUUGAAGUCGGCUGUCUCUAUCGCACACAACAAACACAAAACCAUGUCCUACAGUAACGACCUUUAUGACCUCAACCGCCAGCAUCUGCGACCAAUGUUUCCUUUGUUCCGAAUUAUACCCCUUUGCCGUUGUACAAAUUCUUGCGACCGAUGCCUACAUUUUGAAAAAGGCACACAUGUCGUCGACUACUUGUUGAUGACUAUGCAUCACGUUUCUUUCUUUCUUUCUUCUCAUCAUCCUUGUCAAGGCGUUCUCGAGAUAUGAAAAGGGAUCGGGAAAAAUGGGAGGCUAGCAUUUUUGGAAGGAAAAGGAAAACCAAAAAGUGAUUCCGGUAUGUGGAAAGACGGAGUCCAAAAAUGGCGUCUCUUCUCUUUUUGAGGUUGUGGCCGGCGAUGUCACGCCUCCUGUCUGAUACACAUGGAUUGAUGAAUUGGGGAAAUGAAAUGAUCCAUAACUCUUUUCUGCAAAUACAAGUACAGAAAUGUACAUAUCUCCAAA